UGACUUGGUGGCCUUUCUGCUUUUCCGAUCCCUUCUCGUUCAAUAGGCCGGUUUGAUAUUUCUUGCGAGCAGUUUACGUUCACCAGUGUCUCGAACGGUUACAACAUCAUUCGAGAAAGCACAAAACCGCGGUCUCCGGUUCACUGUACUUUGUAAAACCAAUUAUUCUCCAUUAUUCAUAGCGUUGUUUUCAAUAUGACGUAAUUUAUGUUGUGCCUCUGUUUCGUGUAUUGCUGAUCUUGCUUUUUCUUAGUGUUUGUGGGUGAUUCCGUCAGUUGUGUGUGUCAUCUAUCUCCUAUCUCCACUUGGCACUGUUUUAACAACCGUAAAGUUCAUCUAGGUUCACCGAGGCAGGGAGCAGCAUCUCGGGCAGGUCCGCAUAUGUAGAAACUUCAAUUCUAACUAAGGAUGGAUCUUCAGAGACUGGCAAUAGUAUUCCUCAUCUUCACAAUAUUUGAAGGUAGCCAUGGAAAUCUUCCACCAGUUUUCACAAUGGACAUGAACAACCUAGCUAUAUCCGAAGCAACACCUGUUGGAUCAGUUAUUUACACAUUAGAAGGAUCGGAUCCAGAAAAUGGAACGGUUCAUUUCAAAUUAGAAGGCACAGAUGUACUCCAAGUGAAUGCAGAAAACGGGGAUGUUACGGUGGCGAAACCACUCGACUUUGAAGCCAACAGCACUCUCAACGUUAUUGUUGGCAUGGAGGACGAAGCAAACACAGAAGCGGGAGAAAAAGCCAAUAUCAUUUCUGUACCCGUAACAGUUAUUAUCCUUGAUGAAAACGACAAUGCUCCCCAGUUUCAAAAUGGUUCAUACGAAAUAAUCAUCACUGAAGACACACCCACAGGUACUGUGAUAUUCAAAGAUAUCAUAGUAACAGACAAAGACAGUCCCGGAGAAAACAUUGUCGUGACCUGCAUCAAUCUGCCAAAAUUUCCUGAUGCUUGUAACUUUUUCAAGAUCGAAACAACUGACAUAGAGAAAAAUUCUGUUAAAAGUGCCAUAAUAUUAAACGAAAAACUGAACUAUGCAGAGCAGCCAAUGAUGAAGCUUGUACUGAAGGCGGCGGACGGAAAACUCAGUAGCACAGCUCAAGUCAUAAUUAAAGUUUCGGAUAUUCAAGACACUCCACCCCACUUUAAGGGCUCCUUGAUGGCUGAAGUGGCAGAGAACGCACCCAUAAACACUCUCGUGAUGACACUAUCUGCAGAGGACGGGGAUAAGGGAGUACCUAGGAAGGUUGUGUAUGAAAUGGUCAAUAAUCCAAUGAACUAUUUUCUCCUUGAUGCUGUAACUGGAGAACUAAGGACAGCGAGACCACUGGACAAAGAAGCAAUCGAAAAUAAAGAAGGAAAAAUAGUGCUGACGAUAAAGGCAUGCGAACUAAUAGAUGGAAAAAAGGGAAAUGAUGAUCUCACAACAGCCACUACUCAGGCUAUAGUGAAAAUAAUCGAUGUGAACGAUGAGACUCCUUCAUUUGAUAGACGAGAAUAUUUCGUAGAAAUUCCUGAAGACAUCAAAGAGGGAGAAGCUAUUCCUGGUUUGGAAAUGACGGUUACAGAUUCUGAUGAUGAAAACAAUUCUGUGUAUUCUUUGGAACUCCAAGACGAAUCAGGUCUCUUCAAUAUUCAACCCAAACAAGGUGUAGGAAAAACCAAAGUACAAAUCAGAAUCGCAAACGCUUCGAUUGACUACGAAAAUCCAAAUCAAAGAAAGUUCGUGAUAUACGCCAUAGCAAAAGAGAUACUCACAGAUGAAAAACUAUCUUCAACUGCUACAAUUACCAUAACUGUUACUGAUGUUAACGAUCAUUCGCCUACAUUCGAUGAAGAAAGUUACAGUUCGACGAUUUCAGAAACAGCUUCACCAGGAACACUUGUGACUACCAUAACAGCGAAUGAUGAAGAUGGUGGUCACUUUGGGAGUGACAGCAUCAUAUAUCACUUAGAAGGACCAGGCUCAGAAAAAUUCUCAAUCAACAAUCGUACUGGGACAGUGACAGUGGCAGAAUGCGUCACUGCUGGAUCAGGAAAUUGCUUGGACUUCGAGUCAAAGUCGGAAUAUACAUUCAAAUUCACCGCUACAGACGACAAUGGCAAAGGAAGGAAAACUUCGGUUCCCCUGCGAAUAAAUCUGACAGAUAGUAAUGAUAACGCACCAAUUUUCAUCCAGCCCUCAUAUAGGGUGUUCGUAAAUGAGGGUGCUACCAUGUUCGAACCGGAGUUCGCAGUGGUAGCAAAAGAUGCAGACGUGUCCUCGACGAUAUCAUACUCGAUAAUUUCUGGAAAUAGGAACGAUCUUUUCAGCAUCGAUCCGAAAACUGGAAAAAUGGGUAUGCACAACGAAAAAGGCUUAGAAGUUACCAACGAAAGUGAUAGUGUCGUGACGCUCACAGUUAUGGCAAGUGAUGGAAAGUAUACUAGCACAGUUCCAGUUCACGUUACAGUGAAAGACCUCAACAAUAAUGCCCCCAUAUUCACUAAGGAAAAUUAUGUAGAGUCGAUACCUGAGGAUAUUCCAAUAGGUUCUAUCGUAACAUCCUUGCAAGCCACUGAUGCGGAUAUGGGCGAGAACUCUUUGGUGGAAUAUUCUAUCGAAAAAGGAAGCGAAUCAGAUUUUACGAUUGAUAAUUCUACGGGGCUUGUUAUAGUAAAAUCUAAGCUGGACUACGAUAGGAAGAAUACUUACCACAUUGAAGUUAUAGCAACCGACUACGGUGAACCAAGGUUGUCUGGUUCAACAACGCUAACCAUCAAUAUCAUCAAUACGAAUGAUAAAAAUCCGUAUUUUUUUCCAUCAACUCAAAGAGCCGAGAUAAUGGAAGAUGCGUCUAUUGGAACUAUUGUGCACAAUUUAACAGCCAAAGAUCCCGAUGUAAAUUCAACAGACGCUUUUAUGUUCGAAUCUAUCGAACCAAUUACAGCCUUGGACAAAUAUGGAAACCAAGUCCUCUUCAAUGAUGUAUAUAGAGAAUUUUUUUAUGUAGAUAAAUAUAGCGGUCAGGUUAAGGUCAAGAAUAUUCUACAGAGGAAUGUUGCUGCAACUGUAAGAUUGACUGUGAGGGUAACAGAUGUUACUGCCUCCACACUUCAACAAGGAGAAGGGCUCCUCAUUAUAACUAUUGGCGAUGUCAAUGAUUCUCCACCUACUUUCCUGCCACCAUGGACAGUAGAACAUCCUGUAUAUCAUUUGGAACUCGAAGAAGAACAGCCGACAGGAACCAUUGUCGCAACUUAUAAGGCUACUGAUGAAGAUUCUGAUAUUUCGCGUUAUGAAAUAAUACCUCCAAAUGAAUACUUCACAAUAAACAACUCUACUGGAGUAGUCAGUAUCAACAAAAGCAUAGAUUAUGAGCAUGUGCAAUUCAUACAAUUCACAAUAUUCGCAUUCGAUUCAGGAAUACCCCAACUGAAUGCUUCUGCAAUGGUCCUCCUGCAGGUUAAAAACUUGAACGAUAACAGUCCACAAUUUGAGACCGACAUUUACAACGUUACGGUUGAAGAGAAUGCACCAAAAGGCACUAAAAUAUUAACUGUGUCAGCUUCGGAUUUGGAUAAAGGGGAAUAUGGUGAAGUAACAUACGAAUUAGUUGGGGAACAUAGCAAAUAUUUCGAAAUCUCACCAAAAGAAGGAGUUAUCUCAGUUGUUGAAUCGGAAUUCUUGGACCAUGAAACCAUCAAUAAUACAGUAAUAGAAGUAGUGGCUAGUGACGGUGCUCAUGGUCUGUUGAAGAGGUCCGUUGCUGUUCCAGUCAACAUAAAUAUUAAAGACGUGAAUGAUAACAGUCCUGUUUUCAAUCAAACCGAAUACAAGGUGAAAAUUAUGGAAAAUGUACGUUUAAAUCCACCCAAACCUCUCAUUCAGGUAAAUGCAACUGAUCGAGAUUCUGGCUUCAAUGGAAAUAUUCAUUAUUCGAUAAUUGACGGAAAUGAAGAUGAUAUAUUUCUGCUUGGUAUUGAAAGUGGAAUUUUGUAUCCCCACAAAUCAUUGAUUGGUCAAAAAAGACAAUUUCAUUUAGUGGUCGAAGCAAGAGAUGAGGCUGGUAACGGCAAACAUUACGAUAGAGCUGUUAUACAUAUCCAGGUUCUGAACGUGAAUGAUCACAAACCCGUAUUUAUCAUGCCAGCUCUUGAUAAUGCAACUGUUGAAAUAACAGAGAAUAAUGCGAUUGAAAAUUACUUAGUGAUGACAGUGAAAGCAGUUGACAAUGAUGAAGGUGAAAAUGGAAGGGUGACCUACCAUUUGAGAAAUAAUGUGGGGAUUAUUCAAGAAACUGAAGAAUUCGUUAUUGAUUCUGACACUGGAGAACUUAGAACAAAAAAGUCAUUAGAUCGUGAAAGAACAUCCCGAUACGAGUUAACUUUGGUGGCCAGAGAUCAUGGUAGUCCGAUUUGGUAUGAAAAUGAAAGAUACCUAAGCAUCGUUCUUGUGGACAUGAAUGACAAUAAACCUGAAUUUCCGGAUUCGCAAACGUCCAAUCCAUAUCAUUUUUAUAUUACUGAAAACAAUGAUAUACACACCAAAGUUGGACAGGUGAAGGCACUUGAUAACGAUGAAGGAAAUCAUGCCAAAGUGUAUUACUACAUGAUAAUACAGACGGAUCCUGAGGCAUUCUAUGUGGAUAAAUUAGACGGAAAUAUUUUUGCUAACAUUUCCUUCGAUAGAGAAGUAAAAGACGAGUACCGAUUAUUCAUUUUAGCAAGCAACGAUCCAGAAUUCUAUUUAAGCAACGAAGACCGACAAUUGUUGACUGCCGACGAAUUAAUGCACGAUAGUAGCAUCGCCGAAGUUAUCAUAAGUGUUAAUGACUUGAACGACAAUCCUCCGAUAUUCGAACAAUCUCUGUAUUAUGCCGCAGUGAAUGCAAUGGCCGAUAUAAAUCAAUUCGUCAUCAAAGUCACUGCUGUCGAUUUUGACUUCGGUCCAAAUAAGUCAUUAACAUACUACAUCAAGGCUUCAAAUUUGUACAAGUAUGGUACAAAUAAGAGCACUGGUUCGAUAAUACCAUCUCCUUUCAACAUAACACAGAAUGGCGAAGUCUGUACUGCUACUUACUUAGCCGAGAAUAAUCAGCAUCGAUUCAUUGUGGACAUAAUAGCUAGGGAAAAUGCGUUUCCAGAAAGAGAGGCAUACGCCCAAGUUCAUAUUUGGAUUUUCGAACCACAACAGCUUAUUAGAAUAAUAUUAUCCAGACCAACAGAUGAAGUAGCCAGAGAACAGCAAGAAAUCAUUGCAGAACUAAGCAACUCAACUCAGAGCUUGGUAAUCAUUGAUGAAAUACGUUACCAUACUGACGACAUUGGAAACAAGAAUGAAAACUGGUCUGACAUGUACGUCCUGGUGAUUGACCCCUCGACUCAAAUUAUACGUCCAGUUGCAGAUGUAUUGAAAUUGAUAGAUUCAAAAUACGAUUUCCUGAAGGAUUACUAUGCAGGUUAUGCCAUAGUAAAUGUAGUACCAGCAUUUUUAACAGAAGAAGAGGAAACUUUCAACACAAACCUGGCUGCUCUGGUAGCCUUAGUUAUUGUUCUCGUUGUUGGAAUUCUAACUUUCUUUAUUAUAUGUUGCUGCUUGAGGAGAUGGGUCAUUUCCUCUACAGAUCUAAAGAAAAAAGACACCCUGAUAAAGAAGGCCAUCAUAGAUGACCUUAAUACCACAGAUAAUCCCUUGUGGAUUGAACAGAAAUUGAAAAUUUAUGAAGAACAGGAACUUACAAUGCAAGUUUUCAAUGAACCAGAACAAAACGCUAGAAGAGAAAGUGAAGAUUACAUUCCAGAUGAAAAUACGUAUGCAACAAUUCAACACUCCAAUAGGAAAGGAUCGUUGCAUCAUAUACCAACAAUGUCAUAUAAUGACGAGCUAGCGGAUUACGCUACAUUACCAGGGAAUGGACACCAUCACAACAGUGGAAGUUCCCAUAGCUCUCUUAGAGGAGUGCCCAAUUACUAUGAAGCAGAAAUGGGUUUUCAGGGGUCAACCUUUCAAGUACCGGAGAGAUACUUGAAUAAUUCAAAUUAUGAAUCUUAUAGAACGAAAAUGGAAGCUCCUGAAAUGACGAUGAGUAAUGUAGAUCAACCCGAGUAUAUAGCUGAAUUGAUAUAAGUAAAAAAUGAUUAUUCUGAUGAAGUGACAAUACUAUUUUUAAUGAGUUGUGAUUAGUUGAUAUUAUGUGAACAGACAAAUAUGGAGGAAAAAUGAUUUUUUUCGGGGACCGUUGAAUAGAUCUCUCAAAGUGCCUUGAGACAACAAAAUUGUUCCUUGUACCUACACCAGUUUUAUUUCUCGACUAUGAAUAAUUUAUUUUGGUGAUGGAAAGUUUUCAUUGUUUGGGGAUCGAAUUUUUUGAAAAAAAAAUCCUAUUCAUAUUUGUCUGCUGCGUCUCGUAUUUCCCUGAGGGGACAUAUUGGAAUCCAUGUGAUUUCGAUGAUUUAGAUUUAAUGGAUAUCGAAUCACCAUAUAAUUUCGACAUAUUGGAAUGCCAUAUCAAAGUUAACUUCUCUCAAGUGGAAUAGAAAAGCAAUUUUAAUUUUUUCAAAGGAUAUUUAUAGAAUCGAAUUGUAUACAUUUGUAAAUAAAAAGAAACAUUUCAA